AUGUCUGAAUUCGACUUGACAAAGAAGAUAAGUGGUUUUCUAGAUAAACACUUAACCUUACCAUUGCUGGAAUACAUAUGUGUCAAAAAUAUAUAUGAUGAAAAAAGCAUUCUGAAGACUAAAUGGGAAGUUCUUUUGGGGACUUCUAUGGUUGAUUAUGCGGCAGAUACUUAUAGAAGUAUAUACGAAACAGAGCCUCCAAAAGGCUUACUUGACAAGAGAGAAAAGGUCUUAGAGAGUAUUCAAGAAACGGAGGUUAAGUUAAAACCAGUGAAGGUAAUAUUUAGUCAAGAAACAAUGAAAGAGGUUGCCCAAUGUAAAAACGCCAAAGAUCUGUUGACUAGUUUAGAAACUAAAUACAACUUCAAGACAGAGAUGCUUAACGACAUGUUUGAUGCUGCACGGGUAUUUUAUGAUGCCGGAAAUUACAACUUAUCAUCUGAAUAUCUAAAAAUAGUCCGUCAACUUGUAACCCCCGGUACACAAAGACAUUUGGAUGCCAGUUGGGGCCGCCUAGCCAGUGAGAUUUUGGUCCAAAACUGGGACGAAGCAUUGGAAGAUUUAGAAAAGUUGAAGGAUGCUAUAGAUUGUCAAAACGAAGACAGACCUGCAUCUCGUACAUAUUUGAUACAAUUACAACAGCGUACAUGGAUGUUACACUGGUCACUUUUUGUUUUUUUUAAUCAUCCACAAGGCAAAGAAAAAUUAAUUGAAUGGUUUAUGCAAAAUACAACACAUUUGAACGCUAUUCAAACGUUAGCGCCACAUUUAUUGCGUUAUCUUACUGUGUGCGUAAUCACUAGUACUGAUAAAAAGAAAAAAAAUCUUAUACGUGAUUUAAAAUAUCUUAUUCAACAGGAAAGUUAUUCUUAUCGUGAUCCAGUUACUGAAUUCUUUGAGUGUUUAUUUGUGAAAUUCGAUUUCGAUGGAGCUCAACAAAAACUUCGAGUUUGUGAAACUGUUUUACCAAAUGAUUUCUUCUUAACUGGAUGCUAUGAUGAAUUUAUGGAGAAUGCUCGUUUACUUAUGUUUGAAUCAUUUUGUCGAAUACAUCAUAGUGUUGGAAUAAGUGUACUUGCUGAAAAGUUGAAUAUGGAUGUAGAUGAUGCAGAAAAAUGGAUUGUAAAUUUAAUACGCAACGCUCGUAUGGAUGCGAAGAUAGAUUCACAAAAGGGUGUUAUUGUAAUGGGAACACAGAAUGUUUCACCGUAUCAACAAGUUAUUGAACGAACUAAGAGUAGUGGAACAUGUGCUCAUAAACUAUUGGAAAGAUUGCGUUGGGAGAAAUCAAUCGAUACAGAACUGUGGACCUCUUCAAAUCUACACGUCUAUUGA